UCGCACCAAAAGAGAGGUCAUGGAGCGGGUGGUGGCGACGCUGGAGAAAGGCGCGCAGUGCUGCGGCUGGAGCCACGGUGGCCGGCGCUUGGCCGCCGGCUACGCUGACGGUGCUGUCUCCGUUCACGACUCCGCCGACCCCUCCGCUCGCUACUCCUCCAGAUGGAUGGCACACUCAUGUGGCGUUGUUAAUGUUGUUUGGGUCCCUCCGGAGUUCGGUGAAGCCAUUGCUUGCAUUUGCGCCGAUGGGACAUUGUCUUUGUGGGAAGAAAUUGGGCAAGAUGCGCAAGCUGUUAGUUGGAAGCUGUGCAAGCUCUUUGAAGGCACUGGCACUCAAGUGGUUGAUGUUCAGUUUGGGGUUUCUUUGACGACCCUGAAAUUGGUUGCUGCAUAUUCAGAUGGCUAUGUGAAGGUCUAUGAGUCAUUGGACCCGUUAGAAUUGAACAAGUGGCAAUUGCAGGCAGAGUUCCAAAAUGUGAUUGAUUCAGUCUCCAGAUUUGGAAAGCCAUCAUGUAUGUCUGCUUCCAUUGCAUGGAGUCCACGCAGAGGUGAAAGCCAGCAGUCGAGUUUUGUCCUAGGUUACAACUCUGAUCUUUCACAGUUUAACUCUCCCAAGGUCUGGGAGUUUGAGGAAGCCCAUCAACGGUGGGUUCCAGUGGCUGAGCUGGCUUUACCUGGAGACAAGGGUGAUAGGGUUCAUGCAGUAGCCUGGGCACCAAACAUAGGCAGGCCUUACGAAGUUGUAGCUGUUGCUACCUGCAAAGGAAUCGCAAUAUGGCAUGUGGGACUAAACCCUGAGUCUGAUGGAAGACUUUCAGCAGAGAAAGUUGCUCUACUUGCAGGCCAUGACGGCGAGGUGUGGCAAUUGGAUUGGGACAUGAGUGGCAUGACAUUAGCAUCAACUGGAGGUGAUGGAAUGGUGAGGCUAUGGCAAUCAAAUCUAAAUGGUGUAUGGCAUGAACAAGCAGCUCUUGAAUGCAAUGCAGUGCAACACUAGAAUUUUUCCCUUAAAUCUACUGAGCCCUUUAUUCUUCGGAUGAUCGGCGACAUUAUUAAAAAAUCAUUAAAAUAUAUGCCACAUGGUAUAUAUUCAACAAGUCGACGAAAUGCACCCGGUGUAUAUUUAUUUUCUUCUCCGAAUUAUUAACCUCGCUCUCGCAAGAUAUGUCGCUAUUUUCUACAAAUAAUAUUCAUUUCCUUUUGGCACAGGGUA